AGUGCCACGCCAUCAUCAUCUUGCCCAACACUGACGGGAUCGAGCUGCUGGUGUGUUACGAGGACGAGGGCGUCUACGUCAACACGUACGGGCGCAUCACCAAGGACGUGGUGCUGCAGUGGGGAGAAAUGCCAACUUCAGUGGCCUACAUUAGGUCAAACCAGAUCAUGGGCUGGGGCGAGAAGGCCAUAGAGAUCCGCUCUGUGGAGACGGGACACCUGGACGGAGUCUUCAUGCACAAAAGAGCUCAGAGACUCAAGUUCCUCUGUGAACGGAACGACAAGGUCUUCUUCGCCUCUGUGCGCCAAGGAGGUGCCAGCCAGGUGUACUUCAUGACCCUGGGACGUACCUCCCUCAUGAGCUGGUAGCCAGUGCCGCCCCACACUGCGCCAGCCGACACGGUGACCGUACCCAAGCAGCGACCAACAGACGACGAUUGUGAGCAUGACCGACGACGAUGAAGAAGAGAACAGCCUUGAGCCUGAGCUGGAGAAGCAUCUCUGCGAAGGGGAAAGGUUUUGCUCUCGCCUGCUCGGGGCAAACAAACAACGGAUUGGACUGUAAUCAUGAAAAGAAGCAAGGGAUGGGGUGUGUGUGU